GGGGGGGGGGGUGCUCACACCGCUCCCCUCAGCGCCCCUCCCGUUAGCGGCCAUAAGCGGCGCGGGCAGGCGCAGCCGGCGGCCCCGCCCCUCCCUCCGGCCCGCCCUCCGCGGCCGUGCGGGGCUUCCGGCGGUGGCGGCGGCUUCGCCCUGCGAUCGAAUUAAAAUGCUUUCUAUGGGGACUUCUGCUUCCGAUACCAGAACUCUUCAGAAGACUUACUUUGUUGUGUGGCUUAAAGGAAGAUGAUACUGUUAAUGAACUGUGAGCAUCCUUCAGGAGGCUGGUGACCCUUCAGUCAUUGGUUAAUGCUGUCAUGGACAACUUCAAAGGUCUAAAAGCCAUUCAAAGUAUGGGAACAAAUUAGAGGAAACAGUUCACAGGAGUAGCUGUCCAACUUCCUAUCUGUUUUGCAAAACACCACAAGCAGUUAAUGCACCUUAUAAAGGACUCCUGACCUUUUGCAGCUUCGUAAGUCGUAUCUAGAUGUCACCAGUGUUUCCCAUGUUAACAGUGCUGAGCAUGUUUUACUAUAUGUGCCUUCGGCGCCGAGCUAGGACAGCUACGAGAGGAGAGAUGAAUAGCCGAAGGGCUAUUGAAUCGAACACCCGGGCCUUACCUAUCAAUGUUGAAAUAGUUCAGUAUGCCAAAGAAGUGUUGGAUUUCAGCUCCCAUUAUGGUAGUGAAAACAGCAUGUCAUAUACCAUGUGGAAUUUAGCAGGUAUACCAAACGUGUACCCUAGCUCCGGUGACUUUACUCAGACGGCUGUGUUUCGAACUUACGGGACCUGGUGGGAUCACUGUCCUAGUGCUCGACUGCCCUUCAAGAGGACGCCCACCUCCUUCUGCAGCCAAGACUAUGUGGAACUCGCUUUUGAGGAGCAAGUUUAUCCUACCGCAGUGCACAUUCUGGAAACAUAUCAUCCCGGAGCUGUAGUUCGGAUUUUGGCAUGCUCUGCAAAUCCUUACUCACAAAACCCACCAGCUGAAGUAAGAAGACUUCUUCAGGCCUCCUAUUCUUCUGUAAGAUGGGAAAUCCUUUGGUCUGAGGCACCUACAAAAGUGAGUGGUCCCCAGGCUCGGCAGUUCACACCUUGUAUCAAACAAAUAAACUUCCCCACGAACUUAAUUCGACUGGAAGUGAACAGUUCUCUUCUAGAUUAUUACACUGAAUUAGAUGCAGUAGUACUACAUGGUGUGAAAGAGAAACCCGUGCUUUCACUGAAGACUUCAAUGAUUGAUAUGACUGAUAUUGAUGAAGAUGAGGAUGAAGAGAAGUAUGGCUGUGGAAUGGACGCUCUUAACAAACAGUUCAGCGUUGUUACCCUCAGGGAAUGGCCGACUAAUGGGUAUUUUGACAAACUGCCUUAUGAGCUCAUCCAGUUGAUUUUGAGUCACCUUACAGUACCAGACCUGUGUAGACUAGCACAAACUUGUAAGCUACUGUAUCAACAUUGCUGCGAUCCUCUGCAGUACAUUCAUCUCAGUUUACAACCUUACUGGGCGAGAAUUAAUGACACGUCUCUGGAAUACCUACAGUCUCGCUGCACUCUCAUCCAGUGGCUGAAUUUAUCUUGGACUGGAAACAGGGGAGCCAUUUCUGUUUCUGGAUUUAGCAGGUUCUUAAAAGUUUGUGGCUCUGAACUCGUUCGUCUUGAGUUGUCUUGUGGCCAUUUCCUGAAUGAAACAUGUUUGGAGGUCAUUACUGAAACGUGUCCAAAUCUUCAGGAAUUAAAUCUUGCAUCAUGUGAUAAAAUACCACCUCAGGCUUUCAACCACAUAGCCAAAGUGGGCAGCCUAAAGCGUCUCAUUCUUUACCGAACAAAAGUGGAGCAAACAGCCCUGCUUAGUAUCCUGAACUUCUGCUCGGAGCUUCAGCACCUCAGCCUGGGCAGCUGCGUCAUGAUUGAAGACUAUGAUCUUAUAGCAAGCAUGAUGGGAGCAAAAUGUAAAAAACUUCGCAGUCUGGAUCUGUGGAGAUGUAAAAACAUAACUGAAAAUGGAAUAGCAGAACUGGCUUCAGGCUGCCAGCUUUUGGAAGAACUUGAUCUUGGCUGGUGCCCUACAUUACAGAGCAGUACAGGCUGUUUUGCAAACCUUGCACGUAAACUCCCGAACUUACAAAAGCUCUUUCUUACGGCCAACAGGUCUGUGUGUGACACAGACAUUGAAGAGCUUGCAGCUAACUGUACUCAUUUACGGCAGCUAGAUAUAUUGGGGACAAGGAUGGUAAGCCCUGCAUCUUUAAGAAAAUUGCUGGAAUCUUGUAAAGAUCUUUCUUUACUUGAUGUGUCCUUCUGUUCACAGAUUGAUAAUAGAGUUGUCCUAGAACUGAAUGCCAACUUUCCUAACGUGUUCAUAAAAAAGAGUUUCACCCAGUGACUCACUACAUAUGCUGCUAUGGAAUACGUUUGACAGUUAUUUCCUGUGAAUUUGUGCUGACUUUUUUAAGAAGAGUAUAAAUUCCCUAUGAAAUAGUGGAGAGUAUUAAAUAUCUGCACAAAUGGGUAAAAUACAUUUAAGUAUAUUAUGCAUUUCUUAGAGUUGAUAUUGUACCUAAUAAUUGUUUAUCCUGUUAAUUUAUGGCAUUGCAUGUUUUUAAAUACUUGCCAUAUGUGUGGUUUUAAUGACAAGAAAAUGAAAAACAUCUUAAAUAUCCCUUUAUAGGGCGUUAUAGACAGUAGACUGUGUUAAUAUCUAGAUAAAAGAAAAUGUUGAAUAUUUAGCGGUAAGAAAAAUAUGGGUGCUUCCUUUUAUGUGUAUAUAUAUGUACGUGUGUGUAUGUAUAUAUAAAUGUUUACAGGUAUACAUACGCACAUACUGUAGCAUUUUAGUUUGUUCUGCAGCAUAAGAUCUUAUGAUCAGGCCUAGAAUUUUUUUUAUUUGAAAAACUGCUUAAGCUUCUGUAAGAAUGGAUUGAAGAGACACUUUGUCUUCUUCCUUUUUUUGGCAAUGAACUGUAUCUGAUACAUUUUUCUCCCUUCCUCCAUCUGAAAUAGAUGUAGUGAUGUUUUACAGUCCAGCCUAAGCGACACAACAGAUAAAAGCAAGAACCUUCCACCUGAACUUAUAGCAGAAACGAGAGAGAAAAUUGCGAGCUGCUUCUUGGUAUUGGAUAUAAAGUUUGAGCCAGGUACUUAGUGUCAUAACUGAUGGUGUGUAGAAAACUCCACAGCAAUUUUCUUUUCAAAUUUCUGUCAUGGUGAAGACUGUUGGUUUGUGAUACAUCUGUUUAUCAUGUCAAGUACCAUUUUAAAAAAUAUAUUAAUACUUGAGAUAAUGUAUUAGCAACUGUCUCUUGCGCUGAAAUCAAAUCUGCUAUCAAGUAUAAAAACAAGCAUCUUUGUUCAGUAAAACAGCAAUGAAAAUACAGUGGUUUUGAAACAAGGGCAAAUGUGAUUUAGUGACUUACUAAUAUAAGGUAUUGUAUUUGUUUUGUUUGUUUGUUUUCCAAGAGGUGAUAGCUCCAAGUACUGUUGCACUCUCUCUUUAAUGCUGUUUAGCUGCUGAAGAAGGAAAACUGUGUUGAUGGACAAAUCAUAAAGAUUUUUUUGUACUUUUUGUACUUACUUGGAUGAAGCUUUUCUCUUUCUUCUUUAAUACCAUGGCUAGAGUAUGUUGCUAUGUACAGAGAGAGUUUAGUGUUUUACCUUUUCUAGCAAUUGUUGAUGAAUAUGGACCAUGACAUGCAGCCUGUCAUUUGAUAUUGGCUCCACCAUUACUGUCACGAUGGCACUUAUUACCUACUGGAAGAAGAGGGAAAAUAUUUUGUCUGGCAGAAAUGCGUUAUUGCACUGAAGAUCCCUGGCAAAGAAUACUUCAAUUUACGUGGUAAAAACCCAUCCACUAGUAGAGGACUGCUACGAAAUGUUACAGAUUCGACAAUCUCUGACUCCUGAAUGAACACUAUGAACUCUUUGUGCAGGUGCCAAUACUAUAUAAACCAUGUCAUGAAACAGCUACAAAACAUCUAUCUGAUUUUAUAAGAAGAGCUUUUUCUUCUGAUUUUUUUUUUCAUUUUACAGAGUCUUUUGGGAAUUCCAAAUCUGAAGAUGGACAUACACAGUUGGCUUUCUGAUUUUAUUUUUUUCCUCUAUACAGAUGGCACUAGGGGAUUUCCAGAUAUAUUAUGCCAUUCCAUUUUUAUUAAACUGGACGUUAUUAGAGAUCUUUAAAUUCAGAUAUUUUUUCCCCCACUGACAUAUGUCAGCUUUGGCAUGAUUCUAUGUUGAGACUUCAUUUGUUUCCAUCAGGUUUGGAUUGAUUUAUUUUUCUGGGAACUUAACUUUUGAUGUUUUUUUUAUCUACAAGUAAUAUUUUUCAUUGUAACUGAAUAUUAAGCAUUAUUAAGCAUUGUAGGAAAACACAGGUUCAGAUAACAGGAGUUUACAAAGAACAGUAUUUUAAAACAAAUGUUUUUGUUGAGAAAUUUUACUUCUCAGGGUGCAUCUGUUUUAUCUCCUUUUUUCUUAGAGAUCUUCCUUGUUUUCCAAUGUAAAUAGAAUGGGAUGUGGAUGAAGUUAUAUCCGUUGUGCCUUCAUACUGGUAAACUAGGUAAAUAGUAGAGUGUCCCUACUAUUCAGCAUCAGUGAAUCAAGUUAAGUGUUUUUGUAAUCAUGUAUGUGUAAAGAAUUUUGUUCUCUGUUGCUUUUUAGGUAGUAUAAAGGAGGUUUAAAUUGACAUUUUGUUCAUACUAUUUUUUUCUUUAUGUUGUGUCUUCUUUUUGAAGUUGGUUUUGUCAGAAAUGUUCUAUUUUAUCUUGAAAGAUAAAUUGAAGUCUGUUCUUUAUUUGGACCAUUUAAAACUUAGCUAUUGAUAAUGUAAUAAAGUCAUAUAGUUGAGAAAUAAUUGGGGAAUACUUUCAUCUGUACUUGUACACCUUAACCUUCAAUCAGUGAGUUAAAAGCUCUUUUAGCUAUGGCUUUAUACUGGCAAAAAGUCUUCCAGCAAAGUGAGGAAAGACCAGAUUUUACAUUUCUGAUAUUUCUAAUAAAAGAAAAAAUAGUUUUAGACCUUCCUUAUAUGUCACAAUGAAGCAAGAAUAGGUCACUGUAUUUUUAGUUAUUUUAUACUUAUAUGUACAUAUAUAUCAUUUAUACAUAUAUGUAUGUAUAUACAUGUUGUGUGUGUAUAUAUACUCUAUGUAUAAAUCUCAAAGGUUUUCAUGUAUCAGUUACUUUUGUGAAGUAAUCAUAAUAGCAAAGGUGUUUUGUAGCAGUUGUGUUUUUAAAACAUUGUUUUACUGUACACAGAAACUGAGUCCCUCUCCAUCUGUGCAACAGGAAAACCCUGGCCAUUAGGUACCCGGUAUUUCCUGUCUUGCUUUGCCACAGUGCCUUUUGUUUGUCUGCACAUGGAAGAUAUUACAGGGUAUGGUAGGAGUGCGAAUGCGAAGUCCGAUAACUACUGUGGAGACUCUCCAUGUGAAGCUGUCAUAUAGAGGGAAACUUGUUCUAGUUUCACUUAAUCCAAAAUGAAUGAUGCCAAAUCAGUCAGAGGAGUUUAAUUAUUUUGGAAUUGGGUCAUCUUCUCCAACAGUCGACCAUCCCUCUGUCACAUUAUCUAAAUCCUGCUUUUAAGGAUAUUCCAUUUUUCUUAUCUUGUCCUUUGAUCUCAUCUAUCUUUCUGAAGCAUGGUAAAAUGUGCUUUGGUGAAUGUUGAAAAAUAAAAAUAAAAAAUUGCUAAAAUGCCUGGGGAAAAAAAAGUGUCUUGUUCUGAAGUUCUCCUGUUCUUCAACUUAAGGGGGAUUUCUGUACUAUAUAUAUGAAGUUGGCAUGGGCUGUCAUCAUCGGGAGAUACGGCAUUCAUUAUUCUGGUCAUUUAAAAAGUUAAUACAAAAAUUUUAGCAGUUAGAAUCUUCCUAACUCUUAAAGGAUUUAAUACAAUAUUGUACAUAAUCCAGAACUGUCUGACUAGUCUAGAUAUCUCUCUGGAUAUGGAUGGGCUUCUUUUGUUUAAAUUAUGCACUCAAUUAAGUACAUUACUGAGCUUGACUUUAGAAGAACAGUUCACAUAGGAGUUUGAACCUUAUGAUACCCAUGUACUUAGAUAUCCAAAAUUCAGACAAAAGAAAAAACCAAACAAACAACAACAAACAUUCUAUUUGUUGCCUGAUCAUUUCCUUACGGCUAUCAUGCCAACUUUUCCAAAUGUAAGAUGUCCAGCAAUCAUGGUACACUGAGUGGAAUUCAUCUCGCUGAGUGCUGGCUGUCUGAGAGACGUUUGGUUUAUGGGAGGAAUCUGGGCACCUCAAGAGAGCUAUUAAUCUUCUUCUAAGAUAGAUAUUUAAGGAAAGUAGAAUGAGUGAUUUUCUGGAGAGCCCCAGUGGAGACUGCAGAAGCUGUGAUUUUAGCUCAGGUUAGAUACUUUUCUUUGGAAUACCAAACGGAGAUUAAUUCCAUCCAGUGUUGUACUCCCUGCCUUGGAAUAGUGAAAAACAAGACUGGAACAACAUCCAUCCCCGAAUGUCAAAACCUUCUAAAAUCUAUACAGAAAGAAAUAAAUCAGAUGUUGACAACUUAAAAAGUAUUUUCUUUUUUAAUUCCAGGAUUUGCUUCUGCCCCAAGUCCCUUGCCAAUGCCUGUAGUGUCUUUUUUUUAUUUUUUUAUUUUUAUUAAAUUGAAAUGCAUCUCCUUUCUCUAUUUUAAAAUUUCAUGUACCUAACUGGCUAUAUGUAUAAUUCUAUGAAUGCAUGGAAUUAAGUGGAAAACAGAAUUAAUGUAUUGCAUUUAUUUCGAUAAUCUUUCAUACUGCUAUAAUUAAACCUAUGACUACUUUAACUGUUCUCCUGUCAUCAGCAAUGACACCCACUGUGCAUUUGAAAAAAUUGUGUGUUUGGUCCUGGUUCUUACUGUGUGUACUUAUUGCAUCUUAUGGGAUAUAUUUCCCAUAUUGCAUCUGCAGGACUACUAAAUUUACAAAAACUAGAUAAAAUGUAGCAUUUUAUUAUAUGGAGCUUGGGGGUGGCUUUAUGUAUUGAUUUACAUGUUCAUUAUUACUCUCUUGCAAUGAUUCCGUAAGUUGUAGCUUUUGAUAUUACUAAGCAAAAGAUUCCUGGUUUAAUGCAUUUGUACAUGCUAUGUUAGACAUGGUCAACAUUUUUCCAAAAUAAAAGUUUCACUGCUUUCACUGAAA